CUUUUUAUUUCUGAACAGGCGUGACUCGGGCAGCUCACCCAACUCAGAUUACUAUGGCAUCGGUAGCGUCCUGACAGUCCGGGAAGCAGGAAGGCAAAUCCCGGCAAGAAGGGCUCGGGCCCAGGAGACUCUAACCUGCAGAGGAACUGUUGUUUUGGGUCCUGCUUGUGCGGUCCGGUCCAACUUGAGGCAGCGUGAAGGCCCCUUCAGGCGGCGCCGCGGGCAGCCCCGCAGCCGGGGCCUGGUGCAGCCGCCGCGGCCGCUGUCAGGGAAGCGCAGGCGGCCAAUGGAACCCGGGAGCGGCCGCUGCUGCUGAGGCGGCGGUGUCGGCAGUCCGACCCCGACCGCCUGCACCCCCUCCGCGAGGGUCCCCCGGAGCUUGGAAGCUCCAAGUCUGGCUGUAGCCAUGGGAGACAUGGUGGUGGAGCCUGCCACCUUGAAGCCAACUUCUGAGCCUACUCCUAGCCCAUCAGGGAAUAACGGGGGCUCAUUACUAAGCGUCAUCACAGAGGGGGUCGGGGAACUGUCAGUGAUUGACCCUGAGGUGGCCCAGAAGGCCUGCCAGGAGGUGCUGGAGAAAGUCAAGCUUUUGCAUGGAGGUGUAGCCAUCUCUAGUAAAGGUACCCCGCUGGAGCUGGUGAAUGGGGAUGGUGUGGACAAUGAGAUCCGUUGCCUAGAUGAUCCACCUGCCCAGAUCAGGGAGGAAGAAGAUGAGAUGGGGGCCACUGUGGCCUCUGGCACAGCCAAAGGAGCAAGAAGACGACGACAGAACAACUCAGCCAAACAGUCUUGGCUCCUGAGACUGUUUGAGUCAAAACUAUUUGACAUCUCUAUGGCCAUUUCAUACUUGUAUAACUCCAAGGAGCCUGGAGUGCAGGCCUAUAUUGGCAACCGCCUCUUCUGCUUUCGCAAUGAGGAUGUGGACUUCUAUUUGCCCCAGUUGCUUAACAUGUAUAUUCACAUGGAUGAGGACGUGGGCGAUGCCAUUAAACCCUACAUAGUCCACCGAUGUCGCCAGAGCAUCAACUUUUCCCUCCAAUGUGCCCUGUUGCUUGGGGCCUACUCUUCAGACAUGCACAUUUCCACCCAACGACACUCCCGAGGGACCAAGUUACGGAAGCUAAUCCUCUCAGAUGAGCUGAAGCCAGCUCACCGAAAGAGGGAGCUGCCGUCUUUGAGCCCAGCCCCUGACACAGGGCUGUCUCCCUCCAAAAGGACUCACCAGCGCUCUAAGUCAGAUGCUACAGUCAGCAUAAGUCUCAGCAGCAACCUGAAACGAACAGCCAGCAACCCUAAAGUGGAGAAUGAGGAUGAGGAGCUCUCCUCCAGCACCGAGAGUAUUGAUAAUUCAUUCAGUUCCCCUGUCCGGCUGGCCCCUGAACGAGAAUUUAUCAAGUCCUUGAUGGCAAUCGGCAAACGGCUAGCCACGCUCCCAACUAAAGAGCAGAAAACACAAAGGCUGAUCUCAGAGCUCUCCCUGCUUAACCAUAAACUCCCUGCCCGAGUCUGGCUGCCCACUGCUGGCUUUGACCACCACGUGGUCCGUGUGCCCCACACACAAGCUGUUGUCCUCAAUUCCAAGGACAAGGCUCCCUACCUGAUCUACGUGGAAGUUCUUGAAUGUGAAAACUUCGACACAACUAGUGUUCCUGCCCGGAUUCCUGAGAACCGAAUUCGGAGCACACGGUCCGUAGAGAACCUGCCUGAAUGUGGUAUCACUCAUGAGCAGCGGGCUGGCAGCUUCAGCACAGUGCCCAAUUAUGACAAUGAUGAUGAAGCCUGGUCGGUGGAUGAUAUAGGCGAGCUACAGGUGGAGCUCCCUGAAGUGCAUACCAACAGCUGUGACAACAUCUCCCAGUUCUCGGUGGACAGCAUCACCAGCCAGGAGAGCAAGGAGCCUGUGUUCAUUGCAGCAGGGGACAUCCGACGGCGCCUUUCAGAACAGCUGGCUCACACUCCCACAGCCUUCAAACGAGACCCCGAAGACCCUUCUGCAGUCGCCCUCAAAGAGCCCUGGCAGGAGAAAGUGCGGAGGAUCAGAGAAGGCUCCCCCUACGGCCAUCUUCCCAAUUGGCGGCUCCUGUCAGUCAUUGUCAAAUGUGGAGAUGACCUUCGGCAGGAGCUGCUGGCUUUCCAGGUGUUGAAGCAACUGCAGUCCAUUUGGGAGCAGGAGCGAGUGCCUCUGUGGAUCAAGCCAUAUAAGAUUCUCGUGAUCUCCGCCGACAGCGGCAUGAUUGAACCCGUCGUCAACGCUGUGUCCAUCCACCAGGUGAAGAAACAGUCACAGCUCUCCUUGCUCGAUUACUUCCUACAGGAACAUGGCAGUUACACCACUGAGGCUUUCCUCAGUGCCCAGCGCAAUUUUGUGCAAAGUUGUGCUGGCUACUGCUUGGUCUGCUACCUGUUGCAAGUCAAGGACAGACACAAUGGGAACAUCCUUCUGGACGCAGAAGGUCACAUCAUCCACAUCGACUUUGGCUUCAUUCUCUCCAGCUCACCCCGAAACCUGGGCUUCGAGACAUCAGCCUUUAAGCUGACCACUGAGUUUGUGGAUGUAAUGGGCGGCCUGAACGGCGACAUGUUCAACUACUACAAGAUGCUCAUGCUGCAAGGCCUGAUUGCGGCUCGGAAGCAUAUGGACAAGGUGGUGCAGAUUGUGGAGAUCAUGCAGCAAGGUUGCCGCCGGUGCUCAGGAGCAUCUCUCUCUGGCCCCGUGGUGACGGUGGCCCAGGUCAUCUGUUCUCAGCUUCCUUGCUUCCACGGCUCCAGUACCAUUCGCAACCUCAAAGAGAGGUUCCACAUGAGCAUGACUGAGGAGCAGCUCCAGCUGCUGGUGGAGCAGAUGGUAGAUGGCAGCAUGAGGUCCAUCACCACCAAACUCUACGAUGGCUUCCAGUACCUCACCAAUGGCAUCAUGUGACACCCUUCUCAGGCCUAGAAGUGGUGGGACUGAAGGCACCCUCCCUAGGAGGACCUUUGCCUAAGAAACCCCAAAUCACAAAACCCUACCUACCUAACCACCUACCCAAGGGAAAUGGAAGGCAAGAAAUACAAAGGAUCAUGUGGUAACCAUGAGAGCUUGCCAGAGGGUAGGAGAGCCAGCUGUGGGGUCCGGACUUGCUGGGGCUUCCCCACCUCCUGCUGUCAGUAUUACCACCUGACAGACCCCAGGACUCACUGCCCCCAGAGAAGAGGGGAUCACGAACAUGAGGAGGACGGGGGCCGCCUUCCCCUCUCCAGAGUCUCAGAGGUUCUUUCUACAAACUGGCGUGUCUUCCCUGGGUCCAAGCAAGAUGGGAGGAGGAGUGGGUUCCUGGUACCUAGGAUGGAAUCCUAUGUUUGACCAUGCUGCUGCCCAUCUCUGUCCCUCCCAGGGGCUGACCCCAGCCCACAUUCCCCCUGCCAGGUGGGUUCUGCCGUAGGGUCCUGCACUUGCUGAGGUUCCCCAUCAUGGGGUUAAGGAAGGGAAUUGCCACAAUCCCUCUAAUAUAUUUGAGGGUUUUGGCCUAGCCACGGGGAAUUUCUUACCCUGAUCCUUUCCUCACACCCAGGGAAAUAGCUCUCAAUUUUUUUAUUUUUAAUUUUUGUUUGAAAUAAAGUCCUUAGUUAGCCA